ACACUACCUAGUCUUCCAACAACAUUCUUUCCUUUCCUAAUCUUGUUGUCUUGUGACAUGGCAGAGGCUGGAGACGAAGCCAUGGGAGACGACGAUAUGGCUACCCCGACUCCAACCCCGAGUUUCAGCUCAUCAUCAGAGGCUGCAAACAGACACAUAGUGGUUGUCAUGGACGGAAUGGAAGAGUUCACGACAAAGCCACUCGAAUGGGCGUUGGAUAACAUCAUCAAGCCUGGUUGCGUCGUUACUCUCAUCGGCGCCAUGCCGUGGCUCAACAUUCCUCUUUCUUCCAAAACAUGGUUGGAUAUUUGGCCGUUCAACUUGGAGGAGAUGCCAUUUGUGAGAGGGGAAAGGGAGUGUAUCACUGAACCCAAGUAUGCAAAACUUGAAGCUGUGCUAUCUCUCUGUACACAAUAUGGUGUUGUGCCACAAAAAAAGGUUAUAAUGGGUCAUCCACUUAGGCUGCUGAUUGUUGAGCAAAUCUCUGGGCUUCAUGCAACAUGGGUCGUAUUUGACAAGCAUCAAAGAAAUAACAGAGCCUUUUAUGCCAAGAAAGUUAAAUGCAAUAUGGUGAUGCUCAAAGAAGAUGGAGGUGUUGAUAUGAUCAAUAGAGAGCCUGAAUUUCCUAGUGCUUCCACUUCUGAUUCCAAACCCUCUUAUUCUACAUUAACUAGUUGAAUUGUUGUCGUUUAAAGUUUCAUACAACUUUUGAUCUAGUUGAAUCGAAGUUAUCAUGACUCAAUCGGUUGAUUUCGGGUAUGCUCAUGUUUAGCAUAAUUUGUGGGGAUGUGUAUUAGAAUAGGAGGUGAUAAUAUCUGUGCCUGGCUCCAUAGACAUCUCGACUCGUAUACAAAUUGAAAAGUAGUAAAUCACACUAGAAUUCGGAUUACAUUUCAGGAAUGUUUAUGAAUCAA